CAAACACAAAUCAAAAUUUGUAAAUUUUCGUAUGUUGUUUGCAUUUUAUCCCAAGCAAAAAUUUCAAUUUGAAUGUAAUUCGCCGAUAAUUUAUCGUGUUUAUAAUUAAAAAAAUAUAUAAAAACUUUAUUUUAAUUGUUUCAUACAAAAUUAUACAAUAAUUUAAAAUCAUGACUGAUGCAGAACAAUUUAUCAGAGAUAUUCAACGAGAAUACUUGGAUUUCCUCGAUGAUGAGGAAGACCAAGGUGCCUACACUGGUCACGUUAAAGAAAUGAUUGCAGAAAAGAAAAAGCGUCUAAUUGUCAACAUAAAUGAUUUGAAACGAAAAAAUCCUCAACGUGCCCUCGGAAUUCUUAAGAAUGCCUCCGAUGAACUAUUGGCUUUUGGGCGGGCUGUCAAGGAAUAUGUUGCAUCCAUUGAUCCAAGUUAUGCCAAGACCUAUGAAGACUUUUUUGUUGGUUUUGAAGGUUGUUUCGGAAACAAUCAUUUCACUCCAAGAGGUUUAACUUCUGCCUAUCUUGGAAACUUGGUUUGUGUUGAAGGUAUUGUCACAAAAGUCUCACUCAUUCGACCAAAAGUUGUUCGAAGUGUUCAUUAUUGUCCAGCCACUAAAAAAGUCAUGGAAAGGAAAUACACAGAUUUGACUUCUUACGAAGCUGUCCCAUCCAGUGCCGUCUAUCCAACCAAAGACGAUGAUGGUAAUCUCCUUGAGACCGAAUUCGGUUUGUCCAUCUAUAAAGAUCAUCAAAGUUUGACGAUUCAAGAAAUGCCAGAAAAGGCACCUGCUGGCCAGUUGCCACGUUCCAUCGAUGUUAUUUGUGAUGAUGAUUUGGUGGACAAAUGCAAACCUGGUGACAGGGUACAAUUCACUGGCAACUAUCGUUGUCUGCCGGGCAAAUCAGGUGGUUACACUUCCGGAACAUUCAAAACUGUUUUACUCGCCAAUAAUAUAUCGCAUUUGAAAAAAGACAAUGAUUUGGGAAUCACUCGCAAAGAUUACUUGACUUUUAAGAAAAUCUCCAAAGACCCAGAAGUAUUUGAGUUGUUAUCUAAAAGUUUGGCUCCUUCCAUUCAUGGACAUGAAUACGUUAAGAAAGCCAUUUUGUGUCUUUUGUUGGGAGGUGUUGAGAAGAACCUUUCCAAUGGAACUCGUCUGAGAGGCGAUAUUAAUGUUCUUCUUAUUGGAGAUCCCAGUGUGGCAAAAUCGCAGUUGCUGCGGUAUGUUUUAAAUACAGCUCCGAGAGCAAUUCCAACAACUGGUCGUGGUUCGACUGGUGUCGGUCUGACGGCAGCUGUAACAACCGAUCAGGAAACUGGUGAGCGUCGACUUGAAGCCGGUGCUAUGGUCUUGGCCGAUCGUGGUGUUGUUUGUAUUGAUGAAUUUGACAAAAUGAGCGAUAUGGAUCGUACGGCUAUUCAUGAAGUCAUGGAACAGGGAAGAGUUACUAUAUCGAAGGCUGGCAUUCAUGCAUCUUUGAAUGCACGUUGUUCGGUUUUAGCUGCUGCUAAUCCUGUCUAUGGAAGGUAUGAUCAAUAUAAGACGCCAAUGGAAAACAUUGGAUUACAGGACUCGCUGUUGUCUCGUUUUGACUUGCUGUUUGUUAUGCUGGAUGUUAUUAAUCCCGAUACAGAUAACAUGAUUGCCGAUCAUGUUGUGCGCAUGCAUCGUUACAGAAAUCCAAAAGAAUCUGAUGGUGAGGUUUUAUCUAUGGGAAGUAGUUAUGCUGAUUCCCUUACCUUUGUGAGCAAUAAAGAAGAAAACAAAAAAGAAACAGAACUUUACGAAAAAUACGACGCUCUUUUGCAUGGAAAAUCACGUAAGCGUCAAGAUAAAAUUCUUUCAGUUGAUUUUAUGCGGAAAUACAUUCAAGCCGCUAAAUGCAUGAAACCCAAAUUAACCGAACAAGCAUGUGAAGCCAUUGCAAAUGAGUAUUCUCGUCUUCGUUCGCAAGACAAUGUUGAAUCCGAUGUAGCUAGAACACAACCAGUGACAGCACGUAGUUUGGAAACACUGAUUCGUCUCUCCACAGCCCAUGCUCGUGCACGAAUGUCAGCAACAGUUACAGUUGACGAUGCACAGGCUGCAAUUGAAUUGGUACAGUUUGCCUACUUCAAGAAAGUCCUCGAAAAAGAGAAGAAGAAACGUCGUCGUGAUGGUGAUGGAGACUCGGAUGAAGAAGAGGUUGAAAAUGGUUCUCAAGAAACGACACCUUCGCGACGCAGUAAACGUGCCAGAGCAGAAACACAAUCAGAGCCAAUUGAUGCAGAUGAAGAUGAUGGUUUCGUGCAACCUCAACCAGAUGAGGGUGAUUUAACUCUUCGUGAUACAAGACGAAGAUCUCAAGCUUCAUCUGGAACAAAUGGCAAUAGCGAACCAACUGUUGUAGCGACACCUGCUUUUAUAUCUGAGGAAAGAUUGAAUGUAUUUAAAAAUAGCCUUCAGAAAAUGUUCCGUGAGGCGAGGGAACAAAGUUUGCCAUUGGCUAGAAUAACAGCUGCAGUUAAUAAGAACAAUGAUGAAGCGUUUACAUCGGGUGAAAUUGAAGCUGCCGUUAAUAAGAUGACUGAAGAUAACCAGAUUAUGCUGGCUGAUGAUAUUGUUUUUCUUAUUUAACAACAUAACAUGCUUAAUUUGUUCAAUUUUAUAUUCUGUCUUUUUUAUGUUUUCUUUAAGUUUUUCUACUUAUUUUCUAACCAUAAAAUAUUAUGAUUACAACAAUUAAAAGUACAA